GGCCAGGGGGGUGGAGGGGGUGUUUUGGUUCUUGCCGCUCGCCGUCUUCCCCAGACCGACAUCUCUGUCGGAAACCUUCUGCUUCCUACCUUCCCCUUUCCCUUUUCCCCUUCCCUUCCCCGACCCUCCCUCCCUCCUUCCUUCCCUUCCGUCUACCUUUCGUUCUUUCACCGACACCUCCGGGGUCCGGAUCAUUUUUCCGGGCCGGGGCGCCUUGAAGCGCGCGGCCCCGGGGCGCGGUGCAUGACCCACCGUCCGGCUACCCCUUACACCUCCCGCCCCAUGUGGCUGCGGGGUCGCCGCGGCGCUGCCCACUAUGGCCCGGAAAGCAGUUAGCAGGAAACGGAAAGCGCCUGCCUCGCCAGGAGCUGGGAGCGACGCUCAGGGUCCGCAGUUUGGCUGGGAUCACUCCCUUCACAAAAGGAAAAGACUCCCCCCAGUGAAGAGAUCCUUAGUAUACUACUUGAAGAACCGGGAAGUCAGGCUACAGAAUGAAACCAACUAUUCUCGAGUCUUGCAUGGUUAUGCAGCACAACAGCUUCCCAGUCUACUGAAGGAGAAAGAAUUUCAUCUUGGGACCCUUAAUAAAGUGUUUGCUUCUCAAUGGUUGAAUCAUAGGCAAGUGGUGUGUGGCACAAAAUGCAAUACGCUAUUUGUAGUAGAUGUUCAGACAAGCCAGAUCACCAAGAUCCCCAUUCUGAAAGACCGGGAACCUGGAGGUGUGACCCAGCAGGGCUGUGGUAUCCAUGCAAUCGAGCUGAAUCCCUCAAGGACAUUGCUGGCCACUGGAGGAGACAACCCUAACAGUCUUGCCAUCUAUCGACUGCCUACACUAGAUCCUGUGUGUGUAGGCGAUGAUGGACACAAAGAUUGGAUCUUUUCCAUUGCAUGGAUCAACGAUACUAUGGCAGUAUCUGGUUCACGUGAUGGUUCUAUGGGACUCUGGGAAGUGACGGAUGAUGUAUUGACCAAAAGUGAUGCAAGGCACAAUGUGUCACGGGUCCCUGUGUAUGCCCACAUUACUCACAAGGUCUUAAAGGACAUCCCUAAGGAGAACACAAACCCUGACAACUGCAAGGUCCGGGCUCUGGCCUUUAACAGCAAGAACAAGGAACUAGGAGCAGUAUCUCUGGAUGGCUACUUUCAUCUUUGGAAGGCUGAAAAUACAUUAUCUAAGCUCCUAUCCACCAAACUUCCAUAUUGCCGUGAGAAUGUGUGUCUGGCCUAUGGUAGUGAAUGGUCAGUGUAUGCAGUGGGCUCUCAGGCUCACGUCUCCUUUUUGGAUCCACGGCAGCCAUCAUACAGUGUCAAGUCUGUCUGUUCCAGGGAGCGAGGCAGUGGGAUCCGGUCCGUGAGCUUCUAUGAGCAUAUCAUCACUGUGGGCACAGGGCAGGGCUCCCUGCUCUUCUAUGAUAUCCGAGCUCAGAGAUUUCUGGAAGAGAGGUUCUCAGCGUGUUAUGGAUCCAAGCCCAGACUAGCAGGGGAAAAUCUGAAACUAACCACUGGCAAAGGUUGGCUGAAUCAUGAUGAAACCUGGAGGAAUUACUUCUCAGAUAUUGAUUUCUUCCCCAAUGCUGUUUACACCCACUGCUACGACUCGUCUGGAACGAAACUCUUUGUGGCAGGAGGUCCCCUCCCUUCAGGGCUCCAUGGAAACUAUGCUGGACUCUGGAGUUAAUGACAGCUAACUUUCUCCCAAAAUGCAGAGUUACACUAACUUCCACCCUCUGUUUCUUUGGUUCUUUCGAUUUUUUUUUUUCCGAUUGUGAAAGCUCUCCUAUUUUAGUGGGAACACCAGUUUAUCUGUGGUCUAGGCACUUCAUAGGAAGAAGCUCUGUAAAGAAAUCCAAAGGGUGUUUUUGUUGUUGUUGUAUUGCUUUUUUCUCCUUUAAGUAAUCAGAAUUUUCUUUUUCUUUUUCUUUUUUUUUUUUUUGGUUUUGUUUCUGACUUCUCAACCAAACAUUGUUGCAAAUUCCUAUUUGUAUUUUUUCUUUAAGUGACACAUACUCCCCUGGCUUCUUGAGGCUGAAAUAACAUAGUUAUUCUCAUCCUUACUUCAUUCUUGAGAGGUAGGGCUUCUUUAUAAUUAUGUGGUAUCUGUCAGACUUUCUGUGAAAGUUUGGGAGCCAUGUGAGUAUGCGCGUGUAUGCGUGUGAACCUGUGUACCUGUGGGUACUGUGUGUCACUGAAAUUACCUGGAGUGAGGAUUACUUGUAAUUAAAAUAUUUAUAAAAGAAACAACUUAUUCACAGAGUCCAGCUUUGGGUUUGGCCUGUAUCUUGUUUUUAUAAGUUCUAAUCAACAUGAUUAUAGGAAGCAAAAAUCAGAAAGAGAAACAAAUCACUGGUAACACCUUUGAGGUAGCUCACAGGCUGCCUGGGGCCUUCCAUGUCAGGACUCCAAUCCAGCCCUACUGUCAUCCCAUGAGGGUGUUCCCCAUGUGAGAACUUUGUGGGUGUGUUCCUUCCACUUCCCAAGCUCCCAUCUGACUAGCCAAUGGCCAUUCCUCUAAAACAGGUGCAGCUCUGCAGGCUGCGGAAGCUUCAUGGGAUUUGGUGAGGAGAAUCCUCUUCCUAAUAUUCCUUUCCCCUCAAGCAAGACCUGGUCUAGCAUUGUCAUACCCUAGGGCUGGGAGGGCUUCAAGUCUGCUAAGGUUACCAAACACAGUUCCCUUGGCUUGAAGGAAAAGCUUUUCCCUUACCAUUCUCCUAAUCUCCUGUGGGUUUUGCUGUUGUUUGCUAAAUUGGCUUCAGGCCAGGAGCAUGGUGGUGAGCAGGGGGGUUAUCUGUGUUUAGUGAGUGCUUCAUGUAUGGAGUUUUUGUUUCCUCAAUGCAGUGGGGCUUAGGGUUGAAGCCACCUCUCCUACUGUAUUAGCCCAGCCUGGGAUGGUGAUGGAGUGGCCAGUAGCCUGCAUUGUUGUGCAUGUAACAGAUUAGUGAUUUGCCUGUUCCUCCCUUGAACUGUCUGUUUAGUCUGAGGUUUUUAAAAUUGCAGGACACUGACUGUAAUGUCCAGUUGUUCCUGCUUUUUAUGCAUCAUGUUGAAGAUAACAGCUAUUUCCACAGUCUUCCUCUAGGUACAUACAAUGCUUCUGUCAGCUUCCUGUCCUGGGGAAAUGCAAUCAUAUUCCUGCACCCCAGAUUCUUAGUCACUCUCUGUUAUACCUCUUCUGAGUGUGUGUGUGGGGGGUGCCUGCUGGGGAAGGAAAAUAGCCUACCCUAACCUUGGGGCACACAGCAUUAUCCCGCAGGUUCUGGAAUUCUCAUCUUUUAACCUAGAAAAAUAGGUGCUAUAAACAGGGAAUUAAGCAAAAUGCUGGUUGCUAUAAAUCUUUUUGUCUUAAUUUUUUUCUAUUAUUAAACUACAGUCUGUAGAUUUCUUAGUUCUCACAGAACUUCUAUCAUUUGAAACUGACUUGUAUAUUUAAAACAAAAAAAAAAAUCUUUAAGUAGGAUGUUUUGUACUGUUGCCAGACCCUCUUCAAUGAUGGGUAAUGCGUUUGAUUGUUUGAGAUUUUGUUUUUAAAAAUGUAGCAUUUUUUUGCCAAGGAAAAAAAAUAAAUAAAUAUUAUU